AAAGACAAAUGCAGCGGGAGAGGACAAUGCAAGUUCGGAUGGGACCACAAAGCAUGCUCCUUCACCCUUCAAUUGGUGGUGCUAGAAACUUUUCAAAAUUGUUAUUGACUUCUUUUGAUCCAACGCAACCAACCGUAUCACCAUGUCGACUCUCGUUCGACGUCGAGUCUCCGGCGGCACAUCGAAUGAACUAAGCGAUCCUUGGAAGGGGCAGCAAGCUUCGACGCUUCUGGAUGAUUCACAAAGCUAUUCUAAAGGAUAUCGACUGGGCAAUUCUCACCAAAGAUUGCCAAUGAAAAAAAGGUCCGCGGGCGCCCCUACUUUGAUCAUUGCACUGAUCGUCAUGGUUGGCCUGAGCACAUGGUUUGCCGUUCAGCAUUGGCAUGUCUUUGGAAGUUCUCCCAAGAAGAAUUGGAUUUUCUCUGAAUUCACCGAGCUUGAGCUAUUACUCGAAGAUUCAGGCAAAAAGGUGCAUGCUUACGAUAACGCCUUCGUUGUGUUCGUUUCGAUUUCCAACGGAGAAUCCACACGAGUCGAACGAGGAAGCUCACAGGUUUCCACUGUCGAAGCAUUUCAAAUGGCAUUGGAUCUGCACGGCACAAAACAAGGAGUCUUCAACGAUCGCCAUUGGAUCAAGGUUGAUGUCGUUGACCACGUGGAAACUAUUGAAAACUUUGAUGUGUCCAAGAAACUCGAUGAGCAAAUUCAUAGCCGUGGUUGGUUUCAUGGUAUUGCUCUUGACUGGGAAUCAGGAUGGACCUUUCUCCCCGAAGAAGUAUGGGCCCAGAAUAUGAUCGACGCACAAACAAAUAAAGUUCGAUGGGACAGUAUCGUUGCAUGCGUCCUAGAAAGAAAACGGGUCGGUUCCCAGGAUUCUGUUGACUGGAGCUCCUUCUCCAAGACCCGCGACUUGGAAACUUCAUCCUUGCCGAAGGGCCUCAAUUUGUUCCACACAUCUUCCUUCUUCCUGGACGCCUCCUCCUUGUCCAUUAAGUCUCCCUUCGGAUCAGAGGUGCUUCCACUGUACCAUGGUCAUCGUCUGUUCGAAAAAGACGACAUUACACCGGAGCGUUUGAUGCAGGCCGCCACUUACGCAGGAGACUAUUUGACUCGGUCCAUUCAGCCGGAGGACAAUGGAAAGUUCCCAAGAGGUCGCAUGACUUAUCAGUACAAUCCAAGGACCGAUCAUGAAACGGAUGCCUACAAUCUGUCCUGUCAGGCUGGAUCUCUUUUCGCCAUGUCGUGUCUCUUGCACGACCACAAGGAUGCAAACUUGCUACAUGGCAUUCGAAUGGGCCUCGAUUUCAUCAUCAAUCAGAACUUAAAGGAAUGCCAUAUACUGGAAGAUGAUCAGCCCAUGGUGACAAAGUGUGUUGUGGAGAAUGUUCGCGACGAGCAAGGUGUCGAAUCUCACGUGGCCAAACUCGGACCCAACGCUCUCACGUUGCUGGCCAUUUCCGAGUUUGUGGCUGCGUCCCGAGAGUUGGGUAUGCUCAGCAAAGAUCAACUGGAUCGCUACAUUGGAAUAGCUCGUGGCCUUGCCGACUAUAUUCGAUCUACUCAACACGACGACGGAUCCUUUAUUCAAAAGAUUCAGAUAUGGCCCACGGUGGAGGUGGACGAAGAGUUUUACGUUCGAUUUUAUCAAGGUGAGGCAGCCUUUGCCAUGUCUCGCUUCUACUUUGUGAGUGGCUUGGUGGGAAGAGAGCAAGACACGGAAUGGUUGGAGGUCGCCGAGAGUGCAGCGCAUUUCGUCACGGCAACGGAGGUAGAAGUUCCCGACACGGAGUUUUUUGAUGAUCCUUGGCUCAUGAAUGGUUGGCCGAAUUGCAUCGUUGGGCCGCCGCCUUGGUACCGUUGAUUGACUAUGCCAUUCGACAGCUCGGGUGAUUGCUGAAAAUCAGUACACAGAAGAUUCCGAGUCCACGCAUCAGCUGGAUCACUUGGAUUGGCUAGGAAUUCCAGAUGCAUCCUCUUCGUCUGCAACUUCGGCUGCAACCAAAAGCCAAGGACUUUGUGCUGUCUAUGAACUCGCUCUCGAGUACCGCUACCACAAGCUGGAAGCACACUGGAUUCGUGACACAAUAAUCAAUAGUGUCCCGAUACCAGUUGAAGGCUCAGUAUGGCCCUGAACUUGCCAUGUACAUGAAAGAUCAGGCUCGAAUCUUGGGUGGAAUGCGCAAGGGGGUAGACUCCCUGUACAUGCGCAAUGACUAUACCCAGCACAGUCUGUCCAGUUUUCUGUGCUUGUCUAAGCUUCUUGAAAAGGACCUUCAGUGACCCAGAAGAAGAAAAUUGUGAACUAAAAGUAUUGCUAUUUUAAAACAUUGAUUAUGAUAC